UUUUCUUUCAUUUCAAAUUAUUAAAUUAUUUAUUGAAUAAGUGAUCUGGCAGUGAACAAUGAUAUUUGAUAUUGAUAGUAACUUCUUUGAUAUCUAACCAUUUCCAAACAGAAAAUACGAUAGAUAUACUCUCUGAACGAGAAAGAUGCAUAGAUCGUCGUCCAGCUUGGAUAAAAGCAAUAUGCGCAUUCCUUAUGAUAGCAAGCCAUUAUGGUAUACUUAAUGUUGGUGCUCUAUUCUACCCUGGACUAGAAGAAGCAUUAGAAGUUUCAGUUAGUUAUUUAUUUUGGCUUAUGACUGGACAAUUUGCAAUAACAUGUUGUUUAGCACCAUUAUAUAAUCGUUUAUUGGAUGUAGUAGCCACUAAACGUGCUACUAUUGUUGCUGUGAUGAUAACCAGUAUUGCUAUGAUUGCUUCAGUAUUCUUUAAUAGUUAUUGGGGAUUUUUCAUAACGUAUACUUUAAUUGGAGGCGUCGGAAUGGGUAUCAGUAUUGUUCGUAUUAUAGCUAUCAUGGCAGGAUACUUUGAUCGGUAUAGAAUAUUGGCUUUGGCUAUUUGUAGUAGCGGUGGCGGUUUCGGGACAUUAUUCUAUACUCUACUAUGCAAUUAUAUGAUUGAAAAUUAUACCUGGCGUAUGGCCUUAAUUUCAUUAGCUUUAUUCCAUCUUAAUGUUAUUCCUUUAAGUUUAUUACACAAACCAUUACCUCUUGAACCCAUUCAAGAACCCGUUAUCUUACUACCUAACGAUCCAGUAGCGUCUACAAUUUGUUUAAAAUCUGUUACAGGCCCACCAAAUACAUAUGAAUCAUUUAUAAGUACAACUGGUGGCAGUAUACUAACCAGCAUUGAUAAUACUGCACAAAAAAAUACAUCAGAGGCAAUACAUUCACGGAUAACCGGACAAAAUAUAAUUGGUGUUGUGGAGUUCGUCAAAAUUACUUAUGACAAAACUAAUUCAAAUCAGAUUACGGUUAGUCCAAUCAAUUUUAUCAACGACCCAGAACCACAUUUAUUAGAACGAAUUCAGACAAUAGUUGAUAAUUAUUUUGACAACGCGGAGAAUAUUAAGCCAGAAGUAAUGCCACAUCCCAGUCUCACUCUGUUUCUUCCAAUCAUAUUUUUAGUAUGUGAUCAGCUGAGCGACUUUAAAACUAAUCUACCAGAGUCACAAUUCCUAGUUGAUAGUCGUUUAAGUGGAAUCGAUAAAUUAUUCACUGAUCAUGUUACUCACACGGGAUCAACUGCAUUUACCAAUUCUCAAGCAAGUGUGGAACAAACACCUAAUGUAAAUAAAUCUACAGCUGCAAUAACAAUGGCUCAGACAAAGACGAAAACAACACCAUUUUUCGGUGAUUCAUUUGCUUCGAGCGUAAUUCAAGCUCAUGAUACUAAAUACACUGAAAAUCUAAUAAGUGCAGUUAUUAAACGUGCUCUUGUCAAGGUAGAGGAAAUUUCAAAAGAGUUAACUUCAAAAAGUCUGUUGGUUCAUCCAAAACCACUUACUGUGAUUGUAGAGGAAAAAUGUAUUGAUUCGUUGAAUCCGAAUUUCUCAUCAGAUUAUCGUUCUUAUGCUUUAAAGAAUAUCAAGCCGACUGAAGAUACAAUUUUUGAAGAAAAUGAAAUCGAUUAUCAAACUGAUGAAGAUGGGAACUCUGAUAAUACGCCAUCUACCAAAGAAUCUACAUACAAUACUUCACAAAAUAAAAUAACUUCAUCUGAGCACCAUUUUGCGAAUUCACAUUUAAACUUGGAUCAUCCAAAACUUUCAUAUGAGUCUCGAGGAUAUAUUGAUCAAAUGAUACGAAGUGGAACUACCAUUUACCAAAGUCAAGCUGUCAUGGUACCAUUAUACAAGUGUAAAGAUUUGCCUGGCAGAACUAGACUUUUAUCGUUAACUUCAGUGGACGAGCCUAAAGAAGCUGUUGACUUAAUGAUUUCUAAGAUAAAGGAUGAGAAAGUUGGAGAUUCAUUUGGUUAUGAGAUAAAGAAAAGGAGAAUGUCGUUCAUUAGCUUGAAAAAUAUUCUUUUUCUUAGCUUCCUCAUCAAUCGUUCUUUUAGUUAUAUGGCUGAUUCCAUACUAUAUGGUCAUUUCAUUAAUUUUGGUAUAAGCAGUGGAUUGAAGGAGGAAAAAGCCAAUGGUUUACUUGCUUACGUCGGAUUAUCAAAUAUGUUAAGCAGAAUAGCAAUUGGACUUAUUGGACAUUUUUCGAGAAAAUUAGAUAUUCGUUUUCUUUCAGCCGCUUGUUUAUUUAUUAUAUCGAUACACACCAUGAUUAUGCCAUUCUAUCCAACAUAUUCAUCUUUAAUUUCCUACGGCAUAUCUUAUAGUAUUUUUGUAGGACCAAGUUUUGCAUUUUCACAUGCAAUGGUUAUUGAUAUUAUGGGUGACAAAAAGGUAGAUAGAAGUUUAUCUAUGGUUCUUUUUUCUGAAGCAACUGGUUAUUUAAUUGGUGGACCACUAGGAGGUAUAAUCAAAGAUCAAACUGAAAACUAUGCAUAUACAUUUCUAUUCUCUGGAUUAUGUAAUAUUAUUUCAGCUACGAUUAUAACUGUCCAUGCAAUAAUCAAAUUUAAUAUAUUCAAAAGAUUGAAACAAUGUUGUUGCAAGCAUAAUGAUUGACUGUUAUUCUAAAUAAUAAAUUAAUUUCUUAUAUAGAGAAUGAACAGGUAAAGUAAUGACACUACCAUUUAUAUCAUUUAGUAGUUUACUAGAAAAUAAGUAGUUUCUCUCUUUUAUUUUUAUAUUGUUCGAUGAAUUUCAUCAUUUUUGAAUUGUUUGUAUAUCAUUCACUUUCAAAUACAUAAUGAAAAUGUCGUCAAUAAGUGUUCUUAAUACCUUUGAGAAUGUUCCAUAGGAUUAAGAUAUGCUGUCUAGGUUGAAAAAGCCCUGAAUUGUGUUUAGAUUUUAUGAAAACCUUUGUAAAACUAUUAUUUUGUAAGGUAAAUUUAGAAUUGUGAAUUUGUGUAAUUAAUACUGAAUGAUUAUUAUUAAUUACAGAUGAUACUUAUUCCCAACCUUAUACUUUUAUUAUUUUUACCGUCAUAAAACAUGUUUAGCUUUAUUGAGGGAUUACUUGAUGAAAGAUCAGUUCAAUGAGAGGCUGCAAUCGAUCAUAGUGAAGUACCCAAGAAAGGAUCUCACCAUCCUGAUGAGGGACCUAAACGCAAAAGUCGGGAUGGACAACAUCGAAUAUGAAGAAAUCAUGGAAAGACAUGGACUAGGAGAAAGGGACGAAAAUGAGAAGAGAUUUACAAACCUAUGUGCAUUCAACAAAUUGGUUAUAGGUGGAACAAUAUUCUCACACAAACGCAUGGUUAAAGCUGUAUGGAUCUCACCGGAUCACACGGCGUAGAACCAGAUCGACCACAUUUGUAUCAAUAAAAAAUUCAGAAGGUCAAUGGGAGAUGUGUGAACUAAGAACGGAGUUGAAAUAGCUUCAGGUCACCACCAUCUGGUUAUGGCCAAGAAGAAACUGAAGACAAAGAAGCAUUAGAAGACUGAACGCACAGCAUUAAAAGGAUCACUACAGAAUUCCUUCGACAUACUGAAAAACUCAACCAAUUCAGAUAACUCUCAACAUCAGGUUCCAAGCCUUACAGGAUCUACUGAACGAAGAAGCUGCUAUAGAGAACAACUGCAAAAAGGCCAAAGAAGCACUAACUUCAACUUGUCAGAAGUUCUGACCCGCAACAAGCAUCAUGAUAAAGAACUGAUUUCUACCGAAACAAUGUGCAAGAUUCGAGAAAAGAAGAACAGGAAGACAGCAUUUAACAACAGCCAAACAAGGGCAAAGAAAGUCAAGACACAAGACGAAUACGCAGAAGUAAACAAGCAACUGAAGAAGAGCAUCAGGGCCAACAAGCAGAAAUACAUCGAAGACCUAGCAACGAAAGUGGAAGAAGCUGUAUGAGAUGGAAAUAUGAAACAACUAUGUGACACAGCAAAGGAACUAGCAGGGACCAAAGACAUCAAUCAAGGACAAAGAAGCCAGGCCAAUCCCUGAGAUUCAAAAACAAAGGGAUAGAUGAGUAGGACAAAUUGAGGAACUCUUGAAUAGACCAGCUCCAUUAAAUCCACCGGAUAUCCAAGUAACACGCAGACCUUCCUAUAGAUGUCAUUUCACCAACGACCGAAGAGAUCAAGAUGGCUAUCAGAAAAAUCAAGUGUGGGAAAGCAACAGGACCUGACAAUAUACUAGCCGAAGCACUGAAGUCAGACAUGAAAGUAACUGCAAACAUAUUUCACAUUCUAUUCAUGAAGAUUUGGGAGGAGGAACAAGUGCCGAUGGACUGAAAAGAAGGACACCUCAUCGAGAUACCAAAGAAAAGAGAUCUGAGCAAACGUGAGAACUACAAAGGCAUCACACCAAUAUCAGUACCAGGAAACGUUUUCAACAGUGUGGCUGAACCGAAUGAAAGACUCAGUGGACGCUCAAUUUCAACAUCAACACAUCGGAUUCGGUAAAGAUCGGUCGUGCACAAACCAAAUCGAGACACCACGGAUCAUCAUUGAACAAUCAACUGAAUGGAACUCGUUACUAUACAUCACGUUCCAUCGCUAUGAGAAGACAUCCGACAGUGUUGAUAAGAGGACUUUAUGGAAACAUCUUCGACACCAUAGUUUACCGGAGAAAAUCAUCAUAUGGGAUUCAAACGAUGUAUUACACUGCAAUAUCAUGCAUGGAGGGCAGCUGACAGAUGCAUUCCAAGUGUGGACCGGAGUCAGACAAGGCUGACAACUCUGACCCUUCCUAUUUGUUCUAGUAGUUGACUGGAUUACGAGGACCUCGACAUCUGACAGGAAGCACGGAAUACAACGGACAGGCCGGACGCAACUAGACGAUUUGGGUUUCGCAGAUGAACUAGUCCUUCUAUCCCAUACACAUCAACAAAUGCAGAACUAGACAACCUAUGUAACAGCAACCUCUGUAUCAGCAGGCCUCGACAUUGAUCAUGGAAAAACCAAGGUCCUCAAAUACAACAGGAGGACACCAACGUAGUCACACUUGAUGGAGGAACUCUAGAAGAGUUGGAAAGUUUCGCUUCUCUGAGUAGCAUCAUCAAUGAACAAGGAGGAUCUGAUGCAGAUGUAAUAGUGGGGAUUGGCAAUCCAAUGACAGCAUUCCUACGAUUGAAGAACAUAUGGGAUUCAAAGCAACUGUCAACCAAUAACAAAGUCAGAAUAUUGAAUGCGAAGUUCAGGACAGUUAUACUGUAUGGAGCUGAAACUUGGAGAACUACUACAACCAUCAUCAAAACGUACAAGUAUUUAUGAACAGUUAUCUACGUAUGAUACUCAAUGUCCGUUGGCCGGAUGUGCCAUCAUCAACAGACUACUAUGGGGGAAAAAAACAGGUUUCAGCUGAGGAGGAAAUUAGGAAAAGACGUUAGAAAUGGAUAGGAUAUUGAGAAAAUCACCAAACUGCAUCACGAGGCAAGCACUAACUUGGAAUCCUGAAGAGACGGAGAAGAGGAAGGCCGAAGAACACACAGACAUGAAAAGAAUCGCCCACGACAGGGUUAGAUAGAGUGUUAGUAGGCGGCCUAUGCUCUUCCACGAGGAGUAAUAGGCGUAAGUAAGCAAUUAGGACAUACUGCCACCCACGAGGUUUGCACAAUGCGAGUACAUCACUUGCACAAUAUAUGAAUAGCUAAUUAAACUUCUCGAAACUUGAAUCCAUGCACUGAGACACAGAUUAACACCAUGUAGAAGAGAUUAUUUGUAUCAGUAUGAAAUGAAUUAAGAAC